GGCCCCCCAACACCGACCGGGCUCUUUCUUUUAUUACUUUUAUUUGUUUGAUUAAUUUUAUUUGUUUGAUUAAUUUUAUUUGAAAACAGGUUUUAAAAUAUAAAAGGAAUAUGAGAUGAUUUCACAUUCGGGCUUUAACCGGUCCAACCCGAAUCCGGUUCGAACCCGGGCUACAAAAAACCCGACUCAGACAGAAUAUAAUGGGCUUUGUUCUGGUCCCUAAUUUUCAUAACCCGAGACCUUACGGGUAAUUUCCGGAUUUAGCAUAAACUCGACCCAGAUCGGACCGAUCCCACCCCUAUUUAUGACUCGUACUUGGUAUGAAUAAUGUUUUGGGAGAGUAAUGAAAAAAAAAUAUUACAACAUGAAAUGUGUACUCUAUACAUUUCGAAAGACUUCUUUAUAAACAACAUUGAUAGUAUGGUCGAUUUGUUCCCCAUUUUCACCGCAAAUCAGUAUCUUCAAACCCUUACGAUUUGUUACUCUCAAUACUGCAACAUAAAGUUGACCAUGUGUAAACACUUGCUUUUUUUAAUAAGAGGCCAACAUGCGACAAAGAUUGACCUUGACUUUUAUUUAUUGUCAUCUCAUAAGAGGUAAUGACAAAAAUUGUCUUCUUGAAACUUGAACGGUAUUCUUGAAUCAGGUAGAGUCAAAUUUAACCUUGGAAUGACAACUUCAUAUCCAGCAUAUUCCCCCCUAGAAUUUUUGCUCCAAUGAUGUGAUUCCCAAAGUCGUGUAACAAUCAACCUCGUUCCAUUGCAUAGCCCCAUAGAAGGAUCAAUAUGUAUAUCUCAGAAGCAUUAUUGGAGUAUCGAGUUUAGGGAUUAACUUGUGGUUCAGAACUCAUGAUGCACAAAUUUUAUUGAGAAAUUUCUGGAGUGUGCAAACCAGCCAAGAAAUCAGCAUUUGAGUCUGACUUGCGGAAGCUAUCAGAACUCAAAUAUGUCUUUGACUCUUUCUUAACAUUCAGAGAUGUCAUGUAUUCAUUAAUUUGAUCCACGACAUCAAGAGUUGGAGCUAAAAUUGCACGUUCUUGCAAGUAUGAUGGGUCAUUAGCAAUAUUAUCAAAGUCCGGAUAGGUGCUUUUCACAAUAGUGGCAAUUACAUCCUCUCCACUCUCUAACAGAAUGCCGCUUGGAUUAUUAACAUCGGCAAAUCCAUCAUUAUCUUUGCAUGCAAUACCAUCCCCUAAAUUGGCAAUCCACUUCGCAAACUCUAUCAAAUCUUCAUAUUUAUGAUCUUCACUUAGUGAUUGCAGCCUCAUGUCCUUCGUCAAACGUAACAAAUGCACUCAUGUCAAAUACAUGAAGAGGUUGUGGCAUUUACUAUGUCUUGUCUAGUACCCUUUGUAAUGACUGGUAAAAUUUGUCUAAAAUCUCCUCCAUAGUGUGUUGUGGUUUCGAAUUGUGUAGAUGAUCCUAUUUAUAAGGGAUAACAAACUCUAGUCUUGGUUUUCUUUGCAUUGAGUAUGUAAUAUCCAGUGAAUAAUAGCCUGAAUCGGCUGGGCGAGGGUGCGAUAUUAACAUCUGGAGUGACCCUUGGCUCCCAAACAAGAGUAAUCCGAGGGUGAUUUCAGCUCCAGUUCUGGGUUUGGAAUCGGCUAAGGUGGAUAGCUUGCGGGUGGAAGAUGGGACCAGGUGGGACGUCGAUCUCCUUCGUGACCUGUUUGAUCAUCGGGAUGUACAGAUUAUCCAGGGGAUUCCAAUCAGUCACAGGGAUGUUCCGGACAGAAUUUGUUGGAGAUGGGAAGAUUCUGGGCGCUUUUCAGUUCGUAGCUGUUAUAGGGCUUUGGUUGGUGACGAGCAGAUGGGUCCUUGGACGGGAUGGUCUGCGAUGUGGGGGUGGAUGCUUCCCCCAAAAAUAAAGAAUUUUUUCUGGCAGUUGUGUUGUGGUUUUCUGCCUACUACAACAAAUCUCAGGAUGAGGAGAGUCAACUGUGAUGAAAAGUGUGGACUGUGUGGAGGGGCCGAGGAAUCGCUGCAGCAUGUGUUCCGUUUGUGCUCAGUUGCUCGUGAAGCUUGGAGGGCAGUGAGGUGGGAGUGGUCUUCUGGUUCGGUUUCCAGCUUUAUGGAGCAGCUGCAAUUGGAAUUUCAAGCCAAAAGUGAAAAGGAUUUGUGCAAAUUGAUCUGGGGUUGUUGGGGUUUGUGGUGUGAGAGGAAUGGCCGGGUUUGGAAUGGAGUUUUGACUGAUGCAAAAUUCCUAUUGUUGAAGUCAAAAAUUUAUGUUGACAGUUGGAUUCAAGCACAGCAACAAGGGAGGAAGCAUGCAGUUCCUGAGCCGAAGGGGGUGAUGCUCUGGAAACGACCAAGACCGGGGUGGGUAAAACUGAAUGUAGAUGCUUCGGUUAAGGAUAAUGGUGUCGGGUUGGGAUGGCUUCUCCGUAAUGAGGAUGGUGUGUUCAUGGCGGGUGUUGCAAAACCUUGGCAGGGGGUGCUGCCUCCAUGGGAAGCUGAACUUAUAGGUAUUCGGGAAGCUCUCAGUUGGACGAAAGAGUAUGGAUGCGAGCGGAUUGAAGUUGAAUCUGAUGCGGCUAAGGCAAUUUCAGAAAUCCGGGAUGGCUCGAGUGUUUCUAUUGCUGGGAUUUUGGCGGAUGAUAUUAGAGAACUUCGGUCUUAUUUUACUGAGAUUUCAUUUUCUCAUGUUAGGCGAUCAGCGAACAGGGCGGCUCACGUUUUGGCGCAAGCAGCUUGUUCUAUGUCUGAUAGCAUUUGUUGGCUUGAUCUUCCUCCUUCAUUUAUUUCACAUGUAUUAAACAAUGAUGCUAUUAAUAAUAGUUAAUUAUAUUUUCUUCAAAAAAAAAAAUAGCCUGAAUCAUUCACCUACCUCAUUUAUUGUUGUUGUAAAAUCAAAGAUGUUUUACAGUUGAAGAAAUUUUAUGCAUUUAAUGUAUUUUAACCA